AUGCAAAGAAAACGCUGCAUCUAUGUCUCGCUUCUAUUUCUGAGCGGUGCACAAUUCUCACCUUCCGAUGUUCAGUUGAAACUUUCACAAAAGUCAGUGCCCAAUCGUGCCAAGGGAUACCAGAACAUAACAUCUAUACUCUCGUCUCUGCUGAACAACAACGUGGACACACCAUCAGUGAAUAUAAGAAGGAACACUUUUCUAGAUUCUCAGGAAAAAAAUGACAUAGAUUAUGUAUAUGGAAUAAAUUCUGUGUGUUCUGUUCUUCUCAAGAAUGAGAGAAUCAUUGACAGUGCCAUCAUAAACCGGAAUAUCAAAAUGAACAAAAAAAAUCGCAAGGAGUCAUACAAAUAUAUAUUCGACAGACUGAAGGAAAGAAAUAUCCCAAUAAACUCGAGAAGCAAAAAAGAAAUGGAUCAACUGAUCGGAGGAUUCCCACACAAUGAUAUAAUCUUGAAGACUCACUAUCGAACCAUGAAAAAGUGCAAAGAUUUCAUAAAAGAUCACAUGGUGAAAACCAAACAGAAUAACAUCUACGUUUGUUUACACGAUAUUGACACACCUAUACUACAUUCCAGCGUUGGUUCCUCCGAAUUUCUCGAGUUUUUUCACGUAAACAAUAUGCUGAACUUUAUGGAUAACAUGAAGAACUGUGGGUUUCAAAUUUUCAGCACCUGUUGCAGGAGAAAUGAAUCCACUAUGAAAAAACCGUUGGAAGAGUUGAAAAAUGUAAAGAUAAAAAGUAAUGAUAAGGUAUUAGUUAUUCUUGGAAAUGAAAGCAAAGGGUUAAGUGAUGAAAUUAUAAACAAGUCCGAUGUCUGCAUAUACAUAAAUGGCAAAAGUAACGAAGAAUCCUAUGCUGAUGGUUCAAAACAAAAUAGUAAUUUUAGUUUAGAUAGUCUUAAUGUUAAUAAUGCAUGUGCGGUCAUCUUAUAUCACCUCACUUUGCAUUUGCGUUAG